AUGGGAUCACGGGCAUCCCGCGAUCGGCAGGAGCAGAGAGCGAAAGAGGAAGCUAUCUCGAACUUGCAGUCCGCGUACGUCCGUCUAGCCCCGUCUUCCCUCGAGGGCGUCGGCGUCUUCGCUAUGAGGGAUAUCGCCGAGGGCGUGGAGGUGAUGCGGUGGGAUUGGCAUAAAUACGCGAGUGUUUUCAUCCCAGGAGAAGAACUGCGGGAAAGGGUCCCAAAAGAGGUCUUCGAUCAGCUACGGAGGAUUUGGCACGUGGAUCAGCACGGACAGGUGGCUACCCCGCUCGACUUUACUUCGACGCUGAGUUACAUCAAUUUCUUGAACCAUUCCGAUCAGCCAAAUUUGUCGUUUAGGUACUCUGACGGGGGCUACGUGACAUCGAGGACCGUGGCGCGAGGAGAAGAGCUGUUCAUCAACUACGACCGGGAUUACUACCCGGGGUAUACCGCUGGCUUUCGCGCCCGCGAGUCGUCUGCGGGCGACACCGUCUAG